AUGCAUGGUGAUGGUGGAGACGUCCUGUCUGUGGCACAGUUUCUUAUAGCUAUGCAAACAGCAGAGAAACUGCGGCGUAAUAGUCAAACUCUACGUAUAGAACACAUGGAGAUGUCAGACCAGGGGAUGUACCAGUGUGUGGUGUCCAACAGCGAGGAGACGGCGCAGGGCACCUCAGAGAUCAGGCUGGGAGACUCGCCGCCGGCGCUGGUGUCUGCGUUCAGCGGGGCACUGCUGCAGCCGGGCGCCGCCUGGUCUGCCGCCGUCCGUGUCGUGGCUGCUGGACGGGCAGCCGCUGAGCCCCUCCGCCGUGCCCGGGGAACGCAGGGUAGAGGUAAAGUUCAUCCGGAAAAUCAUCGUCAACAAGUAUUUCCAAACAGGACUUUGGUUAUCAAGGUUAUACGAAAACAUGCUGAUGAAGGAGGCUACGUGUGUGUCGCUACCAAUCCGCUAGGUCAGACCUCGAGGAGCAAAAUGAAUGUUCUGAUAAUGGAAGCACCAGAGAUUGAUCCAAUUGUAAUCAAACAUGACUUGCAACUGGGCAUGAGGAUGCGUCUUGCAUGUGUCGUAAGUAAAGGGGACUUCACAAUACAGAUUCAGUGGUUGAAAGAUGGAAGUCCCAUAGCAGAGGACCAACAAAUUGCAGAGAAGAUCCUAGAUGAGUACUCAAGUACACUAAGUUUCUGCAGUUUGGCUGUAAAACACAAUGGAAAUUAUACCUGUCAGGCCUCAAAUGCAGCUGCAUCCAGGAACUACACUGUGAAAAUAAUUGUAAAUGGAAAUAAUGUACUCAGCCAGUCCUGCAACCAGAUGUGCUAUUUGGAAUGAUGGAAUCAGGCGUGCUACGUGCAAUGGCCAAGGAGUAGUUCAUCUCAAAUAAAAUUAA